AUUCCUUUGAGGAAUAGGAGAACUAAAGCUGGAGGUGGAAAGAUGGACUUCUGUCUUGCAAUUUAUCCCCUUCUAUGUAGUCUAAAUGAUUCCCCCCAUGUGCAUGUUAUUCUUCUAACUUAAAGGAAGAAAACCUAAUUAGGUCAGCCUGGUUGCUGUGGAGGAUGGUUGGAAGGGGUCAAGUAUAAAUGUUUUCAGAAAUUCAUCCCUUAAUGAGCCCAAGGAACCUUAUUUUUCCCAUCAGUUCAUGUAUCAGUGGAUGAAUAUUAAUUAUUACUGCAGUGAAUCAGGUUUCAACAUCAACUCUAGGCUUAUGUUGCAUUUACAAGUGACCACAACGCUGAUAAUCCUUGUUCACAUGAGUAAGUGAUUAGAGAAGGAAGGAGUUGGCGUUGGAGCAGGCGCUGCAGCCCUGAGCUCCGUCCAAAGCCCCAAACCCCACAGUGAACACACGUCAGGACGGAGCGCAGCACCGUCGGCCCCACCUUCGGGGAGGGGGAAGGAGCCUGGCAGGUGGGUUGUGGGAGGGGCAGAAGGAGCAAGCUUUACACCUGCCCUGGACUUCUGACCGCUCCCACCCCCUCCCAGAGAUUGCGGCCUCCACUCUGCCCCUCCAGGGCAGCAAUUCUCAUCCCCAGCCGAUCACCAGAAUCUUCUGGAUGUUUUCAAAAGAUGCCGUCAGGGCCACCCCUGGCCAGAUAACUAACUGGGCAUUCCGCGUGCGAGGCCCGGCGCGGGUCUUGGUUAAGGGGCCCAUUCCCCGCUGGCGCCCGCGAUUCUGGCUGCCGUGUCGCCAUUGCUCCGACCCGGACACCGAGGCAUUCCCAGCAAAGAUCCCUGACCCCUGUCUUCCCCCGCAGUGUACCACUGGGCCGAGAUGCGAGCCAAGAUGCGCCUCAUGGGCUUCAAUGCUGAAGCCGUCAAGCCGCUGAACGAGGCGGCGGCCGCCGAGCUGGGCGCCGAGCUGCUGGGCGAGGCCACCGUCUUCAUCGUGGGCGGCGGCUGCCUGGUGCUGGAGUACUGGCGCCACCAGGCGUAUCAGCGUCGCAAGGAGGGGGAGCAGCGCGCCGCCUGGGACGCGAUGCGGGACGAGGGGGGCCGCCUGGCGCUGGCGCUGGAGGCCCUGCAGGCGCAGGUGCAGGCGGCGCCGCCGCCGGGCGCCCUGGAGGAGCUGCAGGCACAGAUGCAAGAGGUGCGCGCCCAGCUCUGCGCCCUGGACCCGCCGCCCGCGCCCCAGGCAGAGCCCACGCCCGAGGAGUAGGGGGCCGCAGGGCCCUGGUCUCAGACGUGACUGAUGCCUGGGCUGCCAUGUCUGUCCCCACUGUCCCUUCCUGAACCGGCCCAGCUAAUACCACCAGGUCCCUUUAGAGUCAGAAGGGAUCUUGGACUGGGGCUGAUCCAACCAGGCUUCUGGUCACCUCCCUACUAACCUGCCCAGUGAGGGGUACCUUCCACUGGGACACCCCCAUCCACCGGUGGAACGUUCCAGCCCGACCCCCAUCGCCCCACCGUAUCCACUGGUUUAGCACUUUGGAAUGGAAAAGCAGUGUCUUCCACUGGACCCCACCCACGCACCAACAGGAGGGCCAGCAGGGCACAUGGACCAUUUAAUUUUGUCACUCAUACCUCCAACUUACCUGAGGAGUGGUCCUUUCCCUGGGACCCUCAUCGAUUACACCAGGACACCUCAUCCCACUUCUUCACUGGUACCGACCAUUGUAGUGAAAAUAUAGAAACCUCUGAUGGACUUCCCUACCCCUUGACCUUCCAUCUACCUCACUCUUCCGGGGGGGCAGGGAAUAGGAUGGAUCUUGGUGGGCAUUAGCUCCAGUGGGUCUCCCUGUGGCUUCUCUAGCCCACCACUGGUGCCUUGACUGGGGUCCUCCCCUCUUUAAGUGGAUCAUUCCAACAGAUCCCUCCACCCUUUCCUCCAUCCAAAUCUCCUCUUCAGAGUACUCAGGGAUUCCCCCUUACUUCUUGCCUUUGAACUGGACACCCAGUGUCCACCCCCGUCCUUCACGCAAAGGCUUCCUCCACCUGCCCCCUCAGCCCUGAAGUUCACCACCUCCAACCAAAUGGAAUUAAUUCCACCAGGUAGUGUUACCUACCUCACCUAUCCCCUGCCAACCCAUUGAACCAUUAAAGGGGAUGUGUUAUGAGCUCUGUUAUUUCUGAAUUCUAUUUUUUUUUAGACUGUAAAUGUUGUAUAAUUUAAGGAGCUCUGGGGGAAAGUCAU